AAUUAACUGUAGAAAUUAUGACACUAUUUUCAAAUAGUUAGGAGCUCUUCUCUCAUGUUUGUUUACACUUUGAAUGACUCUUAAUUUGAGUUCUAAAUUUAGAGGGAAGUAAUUGUCCGAAAGGGUACGUUCAGUCUAUGUUAGUUUAUGCAAGGUGAAGCAAGUCUUCAUCAUUAUGAGCCAUCCAGUUGCAAAAGGAAUUGAAAACAUUUCAAGUCAACUUUAUUACAUAACUUUUGAAAAAAUAGUAACUAAUCUAAUUGACCAUAGUUAACUUUUGUGAUUUUGACCUUUAUUGAUUUUUCUCGUAUUUAUAGCUGCGUAAUAAUAAUAUACGAAAUUUUUCGAUUAAUGAGAAUCUAUAAAAUAUGAUACAUCAUCAAUUCAUUUUACUCCAUCAUUACUUAUACAUUUAUCAAUGUCAGUGGAAGCUCACAUAUCAGAGCCAUUGUAUGGAGAUGAUGAUUUUAAAUUCACUAAAUUUGAACAAUUUCCGAUUGAAUUGAAAGUUCGAAUUUUUACAUACUUAAAGGUUCUUGAUAUAGUCAAAUUUAAAUCGAUAAUUGAUGAUGAAACUGUUCAAGGCAUUAGAGUUAAAGAUAUCGGUAAUAAGUGGAUUAGGUUGAAGUUCAACGUAAGUCAUAAUGAUUAUAAAGAUAUACUCCAUGAAGAUGAACAUUUUACUCAUAGUCUUGUAAAUAAAUUAUCUAUAUUUGAUCAAAUUUCUGAUCUUGCUAAUAGUAGAGAUUGCAUUGUUGUGGGAAUCGAUUGUAAACAAAUUGGGUAUGUGCCAAUUCAAUUUCUAAAUAGGCUUAUUGGUGAUAAACAAAUUUUUGAAUUACAAUUACACUUUGAUACCAUAGAUUACGACGAGUGUAAAAAAUUAGAGAGCUUUCAACAUGCUAAUCAGAUUACCGUUUUAAAUCUCUCAUGUAUACGUUAUUCUCAUGACAAGAUAUGUCUUUCGAAUUUAAGUGAAUCAAGAGUUGAUAAAAUAAUCUAUUCUACUGAUUUAUUUAAUACUUUACAUCACUUGGUAAUUGAUGAACGUCUUGGUGAAGAUCUUUUAAAAUUUAAUAAUUUAAAAACCCUUAAUAUUAGAUUAAGUUCUCACAGUGACUUUCAUAUUAAGUCUUUACCAAGGAAUAUUUUGAAAUUGGUAUUAAGUUCAUACUUUGGUGGUAAAGUAAGAAUCAAUUCAAGUGAAGAUUGGCCAAUGAAUUUAAAGGAUCUAACUCUUCUAGGUCUUCCGACUACUUUCAAUGAAAUACAAGAUUGUGAAUUACCAUCCACAUUAAUCAAGUUGUUCGUAAUGGUUAAAUCUUUUUAUAGUAUUAUUCGUCAAAUACCUAAAUCAAUCCUUGAUGUUGAACUAAACAUAUGGGGUAAGAAUGGUGUAAUUGAUGAUGAAGAUUUUAAAUUUCCAACUUCAUUAACACGAUUAGUUUUAAUUAGCCUUGACUUGGAAAUCAAAGGCAAUAGAAAUCAUUUUAUUAUCCCGGAAAAUAUAAUCGAGUUUCAAUUGAUUAAUUGUAAAUUACCCAUCCCGUUAAAUAAUUUCAAUUUUGAAAAUUGUAAAUCGAUGUUAGAAGGGUUAGCAAUUCGACGUUAUAAUACUGGUGAACUGUAUUAUAAUUUAGAUUUCAGUCAAUUUCCAAAAUUAAGACACAUAAUUUUUGAAGAUUGUGGUAUUGAUAAUCUUCAUAAUUUUAUACCUCCACCUGGUUUGAUAAUUAUAUCCAUCGACAAAAGCCAAAUUCAUAGCAUUGAUGAAACCAUGCCAUUAUUUAAAAAUCCGUUACAGUUUCCACUUUUAAAAAGCAUCAGUAUUAAGAAUUGUCCGAUUGAAUAUUUUUCACCAACGAUUGAAUUACCGAUAAAUUUAGAAAUAUUAUUUAUAUACGGCCUGACCUUUGAUAAUCUUGAUAUUUUAUUACCAACUAUUUCUCAUGAAAAUUUGAAAGAGGUUCAUUUUUCCAGGAUUGCUUCAAUGGAAUUCAAAGAAAUACCUAAUUUUAAAAGAGAUAAACCUUCUAAUAUAGAAAUUAUCCAUAUUAAAUUUACGGAAGAUUUUCUUCGAGUUCGUGAUAAUAAUAUUGAUGAAUUAAUUAGGAUAGUUGAGUUAUAUUUUGGUAAAAAAGUUAAUUAUUCAAAAGUAGAAUUAAGUCAAACAGAAAUUUGUGGAAUUUGUCAACAUAAAAGUUGGACAGGAUGUGGUAAACAUAAAUCUCAAGUGAUGGAUAUAACACCAAAGGAACAUUGGUGUACCUGUGAAUCAUUUGAUAGUGAUGUUGAAGAUGAUGAUUAUCCACCUAAAGCAGGUUGUGGAUAUGCUAAAACUGCUAAACAUUAAAUUGGUAAUGUUGUUGCAGUUGCAGUUGUAGUUGCAGUUGCAAUUGCAGUUGGGGUUUUAAAGUGUAAAUUAUUAGAAUUAAACAUAACUAAGUAAAAAAACUUACUUAGUUGAAUGUUUUUGUUUAUCAUUAAAGUGUAUAGUAUUAGGUAUCAGGAAUAUUUAAUAAAUAUUAUUUGAUUAUUAUAUGAUUUUGUUUUGUUUUGUAU